CCAAAAUCUUAUAUGUAAAGAGCAUAUAUGAGAUGUGUUAUCCCCCACACGCAUUUCGUAUCCGUGUUUCCAGGUAUACACCCUACGACGCCCUCACAAUCCCUCUUGCUGUGGCGAUAAGUUUGACGACGACCGACCGACACCCUCCAAUAAUCCGGUUUCUUUUGUCUCGGAAGUCCUCCCAAAGUGAACAGUCAUUGAGUGGUGGUUGUUUGGUCUCAUAGAGGACGGGACGCACAUAUAGUCAAACAGCAACACACCUACCUGCCCGGCUUGCCUGACUUGAGAGAGAAAAUCUGCAUCCAUGGCCGCCACGCUCCCACGCCCGGCUGUCCUGCCGCACUCCAGCGGGUGUCAGUCGUGUUCAGCUUCAGAUCGUCUUUCACUUCAGAUCAUUUCCCCUUCGCCAGCAGCAUCAACCGCUAGCGGCAACAACACCACGGCGGGGAGCUUCGCCAGCAUUACGCCCACCAAUAACCCACCAACACUAAGUGGGGCCAAAUCACCACCACCACCAUCACCACCAAAGCAGCAACAGCAGCAGCAUGCCGAUUCCAACAUGUCGCAAAGCGUCGUCUUGGCCCAUUCGAGAGAGCUAGAGCCUCACCGCCCUGUUGCAACGUCGAUGCAAGAUAUUACCUGGUGUCCGAUGCAAGAAUCACCGCAAUCUGAGGACGAUGUGACGAGGUCUUCCCCCGAGCUGCUCGUAGCCGUAUGGCCAACAACAUCAACCGAUGGGCGCAGCCGGCAACCAUCACAGAGUGUCGGCAUCAGCGAGUCCAUCGAAACACCAUUCAUCCACAUGCCGCGAUGCAAGCUUUCAAUCACCAGUUUUGACGACAUUCACCAACAUGAACCGUUACCUGCAGUAGGAAGAGGGGGUCCGUAUCCGGGACAUGGAAGCAUCAAGAUCGAGCAAGUCGCUCUGCCGCGGGCCGUGGUGCAGGGAUUUUUGUCCGGCGUUCGACUGCCCAACGGGCUUGCUGGUAUAGACCCUGAGAUUGCCUUUCCUCGCCACUUUGACGACGACGAUGAGUGGGUGCAGUCGCGGUGCAUCUUGUCGGACUUUUCCGAGCUGGAGGAGGACGAGGCGGCUCGGCUGUCGAGCGAGGAAAGGUUGUGCUGCUGGGGAAGCAUCGUGUUGACGAGGGAUAAUGAUGGACAUGGAUGGGACCUGGGAUUUGUCGUGCAUCGAGUGUUGACGCAGCGGGAUCCUGUCACCGGGACUUGUGCAUGUGGUCGUCGAUGAUGAGU